CCACCCUGCCUCACUCUGAGUUUCCAGGGCAGGUGAGGGGCUCCCGGCACAAGAGACUGCGGGGACUCCAGGAGGGACAAUGGAACUGCGGCCUUUUGAAGUGGGGCAAGAAAACAUCUGUGGCUUGGUGGCCGAGGACCUGAGAACCCAGUACAGCAGCCCUCUCGUGGGCAGCACGCCCGCCAGUUAUGGGACCCUGACGAUAGAGACAUCUCUAGAUCCCCUCAACUCCUCAGUUUCAUCCGUGAGGCUCAGCGGCUACUGUGGGAGUCCAUGGAGGGUUAUAGGCUAUCACGUCGUGGUCUGGAUGAUGGCAGGGAUCCCUUUGCUGCUCUUCCGGUGGAAGCCGGCAUGGGGGGUGUGGCUGCGGCUCCAGCCGUGCAACCUGGCCCGCGCCGAAACACUCGUCAUCGAAAUAAGAGACAAAGAGGAUAGUUCGUGGCAGCGCUACACUGUCCAGGUGCAGACGGAGGCCAUCAGCGAGGGCAGCCUGGAGCUGCCCCCACAGACCCAGGCAGAGGAUGGCCGGAGCCAGGCGGCUGUGGGGGCAAUACCAGACGGCGCAUGGAAGGACACCGCCCAGCUCCACAGGAACGAAGAGGCAGUGAGUGGACAGCAGCAGGUCCUGCGCUACUACCUCUUCCAGGGCCGGCGCUAUGUCUGGAUUGAGACCCAGCAAGCCUUUUGCCAAGUCAGCCUGCUGGACCACGGCCGCACCUGUGAUGACAUCCACCACUCCCGCUCCGGCCUCAGCUUCCAGGACCAAUCUGUGAGGAAGACCGUCUACGGCCCCAACGUGAUCAGUGUACCAGUCAAGUCCUAUCCCCAGCUGCUCGUGGACGAGGCGCUGAACCCCUACUAUGGCUUCCAGGCCUUCAGCAUCGGGCUGUGGCUGGCGGACCACUACUACUGGUAUGCCCUGUGCAUCUUCCUCAUCUCCUCUGUCUCCAUCUGCCUGUCGCUGUACAAGACCAGAAAGGUGGGCGAUCCAGGGUUUUGCACAGCUAAAGGGGGCCUGGUGAGCUCCAUCCUGCAUCCCCGGCCCAUCAAGUUCAAGUUCUACAAACACAGCAUGAAGUUUGUGGCUGCUCUCUCUGUCCUGGCUCUCCUCGGCACCAUCUACAGUGUCGUCAUCCUCUACCGCAACCGGGUACCUGUGAACGAGAUCGUGAUCCGGGCUCUGGACCUGGUGACGGUAGUGGUGCCACCCGCCCUGCCAGCAGCCAUGACUGUGUGCACACUCUACGCCCAGAGCCGGCUGCAGAGGCGGGGCAUCUUCUGCAUUCACCCCCUGCGCAUCAACCUGGGGGGCAAGCUCCGCCUGGUGUGCUUCGACAAGACGGGCACCCUCACUGAGGAUGGCUUGGAUGUGAUGGGUGUGGUGCCCCUGAAGGGGCAGGCCUUCCUGCCACUGGUCCCAGAGCCCCGCCGCCUGCCCAUGGGGCCCCUGCUCCGAGCACUGGCCACCUGCCACGCCCUCUGCCGGUUCCAGGACACCCCAGUGGGCGACCCCAUGGACCUCAAGAUGGUGGAAUCUACUGGCUGGGUCCUGGAGGAGGGGCCAGCUGCAGACUCGGCAUUUGGGACCCAGGUGUUGGCUGUGAUGAGACCUCCGGUUCAGGAGCCCCAGCUGCAGGGCAUGGAGGAGCCCCCACAGCCAGUGAGCAUCCUCGGCCGCUUCCCCUUCUCAUCAGCCUUGCAGCGUAUGAACGUGGUGGUGGCGUGGCUGGGGGCUGCUCAGCCCGAGGCCUACGUCAAGGGCUCCCCUGAGCUGGUGGCAGGCCUCUGCAACCCAGAGACAGUGCCCACCAACUUCGCCCAGAUGCUGCAGAGCUACACGGCCGCCGGCUACCGCGUUGUGGCCCUUGCCGGCAAGUCACUGCCCAUUGCACCCAGCCUGGAGGCAGCUCAGCAACUGACCAGGGACACUGUGGAGCGUGAGCUGAGCCUCCUGGGGCUGCUGGUCAUGCGGAACCUGCUGAAGCCACAGACAACACCCGUUAUCCAGGCUCUGAGGAGGACCCGCAUCCGCACGGUCAUGGUGACAGGGGACAACCUGCAAACGGCUGUCACUGUGGCCCAGAGCUGCGGCAUGGUGGGCACCCAGGAGCGUCUGGUCAUCGUCCAUGCCACCCCUCCUGAGAGGGGUCAGCCUGCCUCCCUUGAGUUUCUGCCAGUGGAGCCCUCUGCGGCUGUGAACGGGCCUAAGGAUCCUGACCAGGCCUCAAGCUACAUCGUGGAGCCAGACCCCCGAUUCAGCCACCUGGCCCUCAGCGGGUUCACCUUUGCUGUCCUUAGGAAGCACUUCCCCAGGCUGCUGCCCAAGGUCCUGAUCCAGGGCACCAUCUUUGCCCGCAUGGCCCCUGAGCAGAAGACGGAGCUGGUAUGCGAGCUGCAGAAGCUUCAGUACUGCGUGGGCAUGUGUGGGGACGGCGCUAAUGACUGCGGGGCCCUGAAGGCGGCAGACGUGGGCAUCUCGCUGUCCCAGGCCGAGGCUUCAGUGGUCUCACCCUUCACCUCGAGCGUGGCCAACAUUGAGUGUGUGCCCAUGGUCAUCAGGGAAGGCCGCUGUUCCCUCGACACAUCCUUCAGCGUCUUCAAGUACAUGGCCCUGUACAGCCUGACCCAGUUCAUAUCCGUUCUAAUCCUCUACACGAUCAACACCAACCUGGGCGACAUGCAGUUCUUGGCCAUCGACCUGGUCAUCACCACCUCGGUGGCCGUGCUUAUGAGCCGCACGGGGCCGGCGCUGGCGCUGGGGCGGGCACGGCCACCAGGGGCACUGCUCAGCGUGCCCGUGCUGAGCAGCCUGCUGCUGCAGGUGGCCCUGGUGGCUGGCGUGCAGCUGGGGGGCUACUUCCUGACUGUGGCCCAGCCCUGGUUCGUGCCUCUGAACAGGACCGUGCCUGCCCCGGACAACCUGCCCAACUAUGAGAACACAGUGGUCUUCUCUGUGUCCAGCUUCCAGUACCUCAUCCUGGCUGCAGCUGUGUCCAAGGGGGCGCCCUUUCGCCAGCCGCUGUACACCAACGUGCCCUUCCUGGUGACCCUGGUGCUCUUGGGCUCCAUCCUGGUUGGCCUCCUCCUGGUCCCCGGCCUCCUGCAGGGGCCACUGAUGCUGAGGAACAUCGCUGACACCUGCUUCAAGCUGCUGCUGCUGGGCCUGGUUGCCUUCAACUUCGUGGGGGCCUUCUUGCUGGAGAGUGUGCUGGACCAGUGCCUCCCAGCCUGCCUGCGGUGGCUCCGGCCCAAACGAGCCUCCAAGAAGCGUUUCAAACAGCUGGAGCAGGAGCUGGCGGAGCAGCCCUGGCCGCCGCCCACUGGGUCCAGGGGAUAGUGCAUCCUGUCCAGCACGAGGGACACUGGAUCUCCCUGCCUCUGAGCCACGACUGGGCCCCAUCUCAGAGACACACCACCACCAAUCUCACAGCCCUGAGGUUGGCAGUUGUUACACUCCUGCCCCAAGUCUGCCCGGCCCAGGCUUUCUUGCUCCACCUGGGGAAAUACUAACUAUUAUUGUCCCCCUCUUCAGACAUCCCACGUAGAGACAGCAGCCACCAACCAACCCCUCAGAGCCGCUGUUAGUGUAGCAAAUAAAGUCACUAUUUUCCUGGCUCA